AUGUUAAAAGCUGGCAGCAGCCGUCCUCGCAAUCCGCCAAGUGAAUUGAAUUUGGGUAGCUUCAAUGGACGCCAACCACCUUCAUUUUCAUCAACUUCAUCUGGUUCAGCUUCGUCAAAUUUAUCUACGUCGUCUGCCUCCAGUUCCUCUUCACACAAUUUAGUGCAACGUUUCUGCCCGCCGCCACCGCCAGCACCAGUAGCAGUAGCAGUGCCAGCCCCAACAACAACCAAUAAUCAGGAACGUACCCGUGAGCGUAUAAAACAACAAGCCUGCGGAAAGUUGCUCAUCGAUGAAGAAUGCUAUCAUUUUACAUCAGAUGAUUUAACUGAUAUAGGUGAAAUUGGUCGGGGUGCUUUUGGCACUGUCAACAAGAUGAUAUUCAAAGUAGGCAAGGUAAUGGCAGUGAAACGUAUACGCUCCACAGUCGAUGAAAAGGAACAGAAGCAAUUACUUAUGGAUUUGGAAGUGGUGAUGAACUCGAACGCCUGCCCCUAUAUAGUGCAGUUCUAUGGAGCGCUAUUCAAAGAAGGCGACUGCUGGAUUUGCAUGGAAUUAAUGGAUACCUCGCUGGACAAAUUUUAUAAAUACAUUUACGAGCGUAAACAGCAACGUAUACCCGAGUCGAUACUUGCAAAAAUUACAGUAGCUACGGUACAAGCAUUAAAUUAUCUUAAAGAGGAAUUAUCGAUUAUACAUCGGGAUGUAAAACCUAGUAAUAUUUUGUUGCAUCGUCGUGGCGAUAUUAAGUUGUGUGAUUUCGGCAUUUGUGGCAAGUUAGUGGACUCAAUUGCGGAGACUAAAGAUGCAGGUUGCCGGCCGUACAUGGCGCCGGAACGCAUAGACCCAGAGCGCGCUAAGGGUUAUGAUGUGCGUAGUGAUGUAUGGUCGCUUGGCAUAACGUUGAUGGAAGUUGCUACCGGAGUGUUUCCAUAUCCUAAAUGGGAUUCGGUCUUCGAGCAGUUGUAUCAAGUGGUGAAGGGUGAUCCUCCCCGUUUACAAACGUCGUAUAAGGGAAUGGAGUUUUCACAGGAAUUUGUAGAUUUUGUGAAUACCUGUUUAAACAAAAAUGAGAGCGAAAGACCCAAAUACGGUCCGUUGCUGGAAAUGCCUUUCAUAUUACGCGGCCAACGUAGCCACACUGAUGUAGCUGCUUACGUGACUGAUAUUUUGGAGAAUAUGGUAAAGGAUGGCAUAACUGAGUUUACAACAAAUCAGCCGGCGGAAAGUUAAGCUUGCUUGAACAUAUAAAAAUGCCAUUUAGCGAUUGUGUAUUAGUGGGAAGUCGUAUUAGAACUAAAAUGUUGGUAGGCAAGUAGCGUAGUAGCAGAAUCGUAAGCAAAAUGUGUGAGUGAUUGUUGUUACAGCAGCUCAGAUCAGCAGCGCUGCUGAGUUGUUGCUAAAGGAAAUAUGUAUAAAUAAAUAUCAAAAAAUAUAUAAAAUA